GAGGGUGAAAUUUGUUGAUAUUCUGUGCGUGUGUUUUCAUAAUUAUUAUAAAUAUAAUGGCCGAUAACAACAAGAAACUCUUGCCGGAUACCCAAAAUCGAGCUCGAAAAAGAUCUUUUCAACCACAAGAAUGGAAAAGGGAAAAAGCUAAAGUAGCAAGAUAUUCACCUAAAUCUUUACCAGAAUUUCCCAAAUGUGGACAUAGGGAAAGUAAUGGACCAUUUCUAUGCUGGCAUCUUACCAUGAACGAUAUGAAGGAGUUUCAUAGAAGUUUUUAUUCAAGCAAGAAGAAAGCUGACCAAGAUGCAUUUCUUUUAAGUUAUUGCUCAGGAUCCACGCCUGCAAGAAAAAGAAGUAGAGGGCAUGCUGCUAGUAAGCCAAAAGCAGUGUCUUUAACCUAUAAGGUACGACAGCAAGACGGUAAAGCAGUUCAAGUAUGUAGGGAGGCAUUUCUGGGUAUCUUAGGAGUGAAAAAGGACAGAAUAUUGCGCCUGGUGAAAAAGUUUAUAAACACAGGAACAGCGCCAAAGGAGAAUCGUGGCUGUUCAUGUGAUGUUCAUGUCAUCGUGGUGUUCGUGUUAUGGGGAAAAACGAUGACAAAAAGGGAAAUAAAAAUUUUGGACCUGGCAACACUGACACGUUAUUCGGUACGAAGUAAACUAGACGAGGUGACGGUGCGUGCGACGGAUUCGUUGAAAGUGCAGGCGAAGACAAUGUUUGACAUAGAAAUGUUUAUUUGCGAAAUUAAAAAACGGUCUGGAAUUUACGAUAUGAAAAGCAAAGACUAUAGCAAUAGGGAUGUUAAGGCGAAAAUGUGGGAAGAAGUGGCCAUGGUUAUGUACGAAAACUAG